AGAACGAGUGGUGAUGGGCUGGGACUUGCGUCACAGCAGUUCAAGCAUCCGAGCACUGCCACUAGAUCUCCUUCUGUUCUCGACCGUUAUGGCAGCCUCUUCAGCUGAUGUGCGCUCGGCCUUGGAACUGCCCUCCGCCUCCUCUUCACACCUGCAAGCUCCGUCAAAGAAGAUUGCAGCACAAACGACGCGCAAACCCGAGGGAAUAUCUCGGGAAUUGUUCUCUCUAAUUGGACCCUCAGCGACCACAUUAGUCGCACAGCUCGCACAACCGCGUCUCAAGCAGAAACCGAAUCUCGGAGGGAACAACAAUUCCAAAUGGGAACUGCGUUCAUUCAAAAACGGUGCACGCUCCGACUCUCUUGAGCUUCAGCACUGGGUCAAAGCAUCCGAUGCGUCCACAGAAGAUGCGUAUCAGUUCGUCAAAUACAACGUUCAACGCCCGACUUUCGCGUACUCUCUCGAUGAAUACACACAGCUGUUAGAAGAUAAAGACUGGACCAAAGAAGAAACAGACUACCUAAUGAACAUCGUACACGAAUACGAAACACGGUGGUAUGUCAUCCAUGACCGGUAUGACUAUCCGGCAGGCAGCGCACGGUCCAUGGAGGACCUCAAAGAUCGCUACUGUAGCGUCUGUCGAAAACUCAUCCGGAAUCAACCCUGGGCAUCCGACGACGCUAGUAAAAAUACGCUCCUAGCUAGCUUCUCAUUUGAAAAAGAUCGCGAAGUACUGCGUAAGAAGUACAUCGCCAGCUUGGAAGAUCGGACGAAGGAGCAGAUUGCCGAAGAAGAAGCCCUGUACAUCGAGGUCAAGCGUCUGGAACAAAACGAACGGCGUUUCAAACGCGACCGAGACAAUCUUCUCCGUACCCUGGCGGGCAUCGAGUCGGGUUUGCCUGACAUCGUUGAGGAUGAGGUACAACUUGCGCAGCUUCAUGCGGACAUGAAGUUCAGCAGCCACAACAAGCGGAAAGGUGGGAUGAACCUGGACAUUGAUAUCCCCUCGACGCCACUUGCGUCUAGCUCGCGAAGGCCGACGAUUCCCAAGAACAGCGCCUAUGAUGCCCAGCAUUGCAUCACGCGCCAGGACCUGUCCUCAUCGUCUGCCAAUGUGACAAAAGCUGCACACCAGCCAGCAUUCUUGCGCUCUUUCAGAAUGCCUUAUCCAAAGUCCAACAUUGCCCCCAAAGUCACACAGAUCCUCACGGAAUUGGGCGUCUCUCACACUCGACUGGUUAUGCCAACCCUAGCCAACAUAACCGCCCUCGAAAAUCUGAUGGACGCUGCGAGUACCCUAGUGGAAACCAAGAAAGUCGUCGACAAAGUCGACUAUGACAUCCAAGUGAUGAAGAGCCGUCUCGGCAUGCAAGAAAGUGCGCCUACGAAAACGGAGGAUAUGGAUGAUGCGACGAUGGAUGUUGACGAUGCGGACGGAGAGAUUGAUGCCGAGGGUGAAGAUGGUCGCGCGCAGAGUGUGGUCAGUACAAGGAGUGCUCGCAGUCGAAAGCAGAGGAGGUCCAUGUCCGUCUCGUCGGUCGAUACAGUGUCCACUCGUGCUGGUACAAAACGUCAAAGAAGAUGAAGACGCUUUUUCAUUUUAAAUUUGGCUAGAUGUGUAUUGUACGAUAAUCCGUGUUAGUGUUGUGCAACGGACGGACGAUCCAAGAGGACUGGCUCGCUCAAGGUUGUGUGAAACGCAGGACAAAGUUAACCAGGAUGGCGACCAGCAAUGCCACGCAUAGCACGGUCUAGCAGAUCAUGAGACUUGAACCCGAAUCCCAUGGAAUGUGUAAUCGCACCGGUCCCAUUCUGUCGUCAUACGGUCCCCGUCCUCCGCGUCUGAUUGAAGCUGCGCGCCAGUGAUAGACGUACAGUGCGUAAACCAUAAUCCCCAUGGCUAGAAGGUUUCGUUUGAGCUUCCAGUUGAAAUGCGAGGAGACGGGCUCACCAAUGACGGAAAACAUGGCAGCAC